AUGUUCGCGGAAAACGAUGUGAAGGAUAUCUUUGCUCUCUUCCCCCCACAGCAAACUUCCGAUUUUGUUCCACGACUUGCGCUAUCUUCUAGUCGACAUGGAUUUGUUACUCUUCAAUUCGUUCAAGCUCAGUUCAGAAGUCACGUAACAAAGGAAACGCAACGUAUCUCGCUCUCUGCACUGGCCAGUGAUCUUGACAUAGAUCAGUUGCUUGUCCGUCAACUUGUCAGGAAUCAUCCUAAACUAUGCAUAUUUAGCGCGGAUGAAGAAAACAUUGUUCCCAUAGAUGAGCGGGACGCUAUAGGGAAAGAAGCUGUUGAUUUGCUGUCAGAAGGGCUUGUGUCCAAGGCCGACUUCGUUGUGCGACACGAUGUCUCCCCCAAGAGUCUUCACUACCUCUUGUCCGACCAAAACGAUCAAGUUCUGGAAACUGAUGGCUAUUUCUACACCAAAGGCUAUGCUGAUCAGAUCAUGGAAACCGUCAAGGGCAUGGUCAGAAAGGCGCUGAACGAUGUUCAAGCUGUUGUCAUCAAACCAGAAAACCUGCAUAACAACCCUCCUAAAUGGUUCAUUCUUCACACUGUUGAGAAAGCUAUGCAGUUCGAAGACCUUGCCUCCAAAAUCAAUGUCCAAGAAAACGCCGAUAGCGUAACAUGCACACCUAAGCAAUAUCUAGAAACCAAACGUGAUACUACGGUACAAGACUUGCAGUCUGGUGCACUUGCCUAUCUCGACUUGCAUAAGUUUGCAUUCGAGUUCUCUGAGCUAUUUCCAACCUACCAAGACGUAUCGUCUCACUUUCAGCAGCUCUCGGACAUCGACGUGGUAGGGUCAUUCGCCAUAUCACAAAGCUGGGUCUCAAAGGUAGAGCAAGAUUGUAUCCGCAUCCUCGAGCAGGAAGGUUGUACCCUUGACGUCACCGAGGUGAUAGGCUCACGUCUUCCACCAAGCACAAUAGACACCAUAGCAGCCAAAGCCAAAGACGCCAUCAUCGCCAGCUUCUCACAACACAGCGAAGGGCCAAGGAUAGUGCGAGUCGGUCCCCUGAUCCUCACGGAGACACGACGAGAUGGAGCACUAGACGAACUUUCUGGCUAUGCAAAGGAGGACGCAGAAGCACAGUGGCGAGGGCUACAAGACGACCCCACCCGAGCGGAAGACAUCAAAUUCGCUCGGGACAGAGUCAAAGCCAUGAUUCCUCCAACAGGCCUCGUUCAGCGCCUUCUCCUCGACCAAAGACCCGUGGAGAAGACGUUGGAAGAACACUUCUGGUCCACCAUAUCUGCCUUUGAAACACCUAACGAAGAGGACUUUGCCAUGUACUGGACAGACCGUCUUCUCACCCGCUGGGCCGUCUAUAACACCGGCUUAGCCUCAAUCACCGACCAAAAGCUUUACGACCAGCUCGGAGAUCUCCUCGCUACAUACGCACACAAAGACCUGAUUCCAGACACCACGGCCAAAGCACGAGCACAAGGCCUCGUCCUCAGCCGCAAGACUCGGAAAAAUCUCGCUCGACUAUCAAGCAUAGUAGACGCCACAAAGAGUGCAGACACCACGUACCUAUCCUCCGCACUAGACAAGUUCAACAAGAAACAAAGCAUCGCCUCGCCGUCACCAGAUUCUCUCGCUGCUGCCAAACAAAGCAUGUUGGCUGACAUGUUGCGCCGGCUGCAGAAGCAGAAAGCUUCAGACGGGCCUGUGCUUUUCUUGACAUUGGUCAGCGUGCUCUAUGCGAAGCAGAACGACGGCGUCGUGUAUGCGACGGGCAAGUUUGCGCCCAAGUUGUUGAAGUUGCUCAAGGGAGCGUUGGGCGACGAGCAGUUUGGCAAAGUGGAAGCGUGGAAGGAAGCGGCUAAGAGUAAUUCGUUGAGUGCGGAGGAUAGAAGGGGGAUGGCGGAGAUGGCGAACAGCGAGGAUUCGUGA